AUGGUAUCAGCGAUACUCUUGCUAUCGAUUUUAUGGGCUUCGCAGGUAAGUGGGUUCUACCUGCCUGGAGUUGCGCCGACUACGUACCAUGAGGGCGACGCUAUUCCUCUCUUGGUCAACCAUUUGACUCCCACGAUGUACUACCAGCACGCGGAUGAGGAUGGUAAUGACCUUGGAGACAAGGAAUCCCUCCUCUACUCAUACGAUUACUACUAUCCAAAGUUCCAUUUUUGCAGGCCGGAGAAGCUGGAAAAACAGCGCGAGUCGCUCGGUUCAAUCAUAUUCGGGGACCGAAUCUACAACUCGCCCUUCCAAAUCGAAAUGCUCAAAAACAAGGAGUGUGCCUCUCUGUGUUCAGAAUCAAUCCCCGCAGAUGACGCAAAGUUCAUCAACAAGCUUAUUACCAAUGGCUUUUUCCAAAACUGGCUGGUGGAUGGACUUCCAGCGGCUCGCAAAACAACCGAUGUCAGAACCAAGUCGGAGUUUUAUACGCCAGGCUUUGAACUCGGCUAUGUUGGUAUUGGGGGAUCUGAGCUCAGGAUGAACGGUCAAGGUGGUAGUCAAGAUGGAGACGAUUCUGGCUCCCAUGGGUCUACAAAGGAGGUGUCUGAGUCUGAUUACCUGGAUGCUCCUCCCGCAAAGAGGUCCCUCGCCAAGCGUAAGCAAGUCUCAAACACCAAAGAGUUAGUUAAGCAGUUAGAAACGCCAUACUUUGCCAACCAUUUCGAAAUUGAGGUGCAAUACCACGAUCGGGGGAAUGGCAACUACAGAGUUGUUGGUGUGAUUGUGAACCCAUAUUCCAUUAAAAGAGAAUCUCCUGACACGUGUGACAAGACCGGGGAAUUGUUGAAGCUCUCAGAGACUGAGGCUACUGAAGUUCACUUUUCUUACUCUGUGAAGUUUACUCCUUCCGAAACAGUCUGGGCUACCAGAUGGGACAAGUACCUGCAUGUUUAUGAUCCUAAAAUUCAGUGGUUUUCGCUAAUCAACUUCUCCCUAGUUGUUGUAUUUUUGUCAACUGUCAUGAUCCACCGCCUGUACGUUACUUUGACAGACGAUCUGUCCAGAUAUAACCAAAUUAACCUAGAUGAUGACUUCCAAGAAGAAACCGGAUGGAAGCUAAUCCACGGAGACGUCUUCCGCACCCCUGAAAGAUCUUUGAUUCUCUCCGUAUUGGUGGGGUCUGGAGCUCAACUAUUUUUGAUGGCGGCAUGUACCAUAGGAUUUGCGCUAUUAGGCUUGCUCUCUCCAUCAUCGCGUGGCUCACUCACUACAGUCAUGUUCAUCCUUUACGCAUUGUUUGGUUCUUUUGGUUCUUACACAUCCAUGGCUACGUACAAAUUCUUUGGCGGCCCCUACUGGAAAGUUAACAUGCUUCUCACCCCAAUCUUGGUUCCAGGUCUACUGUUUUGCGUUAUGUUGGCCUUGAACUUCUUCCUAGUUGUCGUCGAGUCAGCGGGCGCCAUUCCUUUUGGAACAAUGUGCGUUAUCGUUUUGCUAUGGUUCCUAUUUUCCAUUCCAUUAUCGGUGGCAGGCUCAUUGAUUGCCCGGAAGAAAUGCAAGUGGGAUGAGCACCCAACUAAAACAAAGCAGAUCCCAAGGCAGAUACCCUUCCAGCCGUGGUACUUGAAAACAGUUCCUGCAUCUCUAAUUGCUGGUAUUUUCCCGUUCGGUUCCAUUGCCGUGGAACUUUAUUUCAUAUAUUCCAGCUUGUGGUUCAAUAAGAUUUUUUACAUGUUUGGAUUCCUAUUUGUGUCGUUUCUACUUCUAACGCUGACGACUUCGCUAAUAACCGUGCUGCUUACGUAUUACUCUCUAUGCUUAGAGAACUGGAAGUGGCAGUGGAGAGGGUUUUGGAUUGGUGGGGCUGGCUGCGCGCUAUACAUGUUCAUCCAUGCCAUUUUGUUCACGAAAUUCAGAUUGGGCGGCUUCACAACAAUUGUGCUAUAUGUCGGUUAUUCCUUGGUCAUGUCUUUGCUCUCUUGUCUCAUCACUGGUACAGUUGGAUUUUUGAGCAGCUUGUGGUUUGUCAGGAGGAUCUAUUCGUCUGUCAAGGUGGACUGA